CUCCUAAAGGAAGUGUCUUCAGCUUACUGUCAGUGCUUGGUGGUGCUCUCAAACAAAUGUUACCGUGUUUACGGUGUUCGCGGAUACCGACUUGCCCUAAUUAUAUGAUUCUAAGGUACUAAAUACACAUUAUAGGGUUUCCAAUGGAUCCAACUGCCUCGGGUGUCUUUUGCAGCAGAAUGCUUAGCAUGGUCAACUCUGAGGAUGUAAAUGCUAUCAUUCAAGCACAAAGACAUAUGCUUGACCGUUUCGAGAAGACUAAUGAAAUGCUCAUCAACUUCAAUGGCUUGUCCAAUGUGAGACUUCAGCAGAUGAAUGAUAACUUUCUAGUUCACACUCGGACUCUGCUUGAGAUGAAGAAAGAUCUAGACAGCAUAUUCAGGAGGAUAAGGACAUUAAAAGGAAAGGUCUCUAAGCAGUACCCUGAAGCAUUUAGCAAUACUCAUGAAUCCACCGUCCUUGAGGAAGAGGAUGAAGACUUUGAUCCAGUCCCGCCCAGUGUGGCAACAACUACAACCACUGCCACUUCGGAACAGAGCACAGAAUCUUGUGAUUCAAGCCCUGAUGUUAUCUCCCCAACUGUAAGCCGUUGCUCUGAUGACCUCUCCCAAGAGCAGCCAGAAACCCCUACACUUAACAGCCCUGAGAGAACUGAGCUACAGGAUGAAGGUCCAGAUUAAUCAGAAAAAUAUGGUCUAUUAUAAUAACUUGCUAAUAAAAUGUUUUGAUCUGAUGAUGUUUGCUAAGACUGGAAACAGAUAGUGUAGAUGCUGUGGCCAUGCAGUCACUUGCUGCAGUUUUUGUAAAAAAUGUAUUGUGGUGACCAUGCUAAGGUGUACUCAGUGUAAUGUUGUUCCUCAUAUUUAUGUCCAGUAUUGGCCAUUUGUGGUAAAAGCAUGAAUUUAUUUAUUUAAUAAAUAAAGACAACUAAGCCUG